AUGACCUACGAGUACACCGCCCCGUCUCUCUUGCUCCUCCCUCAGUCCGAGCUCAUCAAGCAAGGAGCAGAGGCUCGCGUCUACUCUCUCCCUUCCCUCCUCCCGACCCCGAGCAUCUACUGGCCACCCACCACGCCGGCGUCGUCGUCCACCUCGUCCACACCGGCGCCCACCCCCGUGAUCCUCAAGCACCGUUUUCCCAAGACGUACCGCCACCCGACCCUGGACGCAUCCUUGACCAAGACCCGGCUGCAGUUUGAGGCGCGUGCACUCGCGCGCGCCGGCCGCGCGGGCGUGACGGUCCCCAAGGUGCUGCUGGUGGACGAGCCGGCCGGCAUCCUGGGCAUUGAACGCGUGGAGGGCUGGAGUGUGCGCGAGGUGCUGGGCGGCGGCGCCGAGGGCGAGGUGGAGAUUGACCAUGCCGAAGAGGUCGAGCGCGAGGUCGGCGACGACGGUCCCGCCGCCGCAACAGGGGACGAGGUCGUGGUGGAGAGCGAGGGCCUCGCGGCGCUCACCAACCUGGGCGUGAGCCAGCAGGAUCUCAUGGCCCACAUUGGCACCGAGCUCGCGCGCCUCCAUGUCGCGGGCGUCAUCCACGGCGACCUGACCACAAGUAACAUGAUGGUCCGCCUCACCCCGAACGCUGCCCACCCGUACGAAAUUGUCCUCAUCGACUUUGGCCUGUCCGCCAACGGCACCAUCGCCGAGACCUACGCCGUGGAUCUGUACGUCCUCGAGCGCGCGUUCGCCAGCACCCACCCCGCCAGCGAAGGCCUGUAUGCCAAUGUGCUUGACGCGUACGCAAAGGGCCUGGGAGAGAAGAAGUGGGCGCCCAUCGAGCUCAAGCUCAAGGAGGUGCGGAUGCGUGGGCGUAAGCGCGACAUGUCCGGAUAG